AUGAACAAUAAUUAAUUUUUUAGCUAAAUAUAAUUGGAAGAAAAAAACAUUAUUUCAAAUAAUCAGUUUGAUUAAAUAAAUUCACCUAAGAACGAUAAUAUUCAAGCCUAAUAAAACCAAACUCACAACGCUUCAAUUUAAUUGGAUUUCUCUAUUGGUUUUGUAUCACCAUCAAACAAGCUAUUGAGAUAAUUAGAUGCAAAUAAUGUUAAUUAGGAAAUUCUCUAAAGGAAUGUUGAAAAGAAAGAGUAAGAUGAAAAAAAUGAUAAUAAAAAAAAAGAUUAAUCAAAAAGCCACAUUUUACAAAAUAACAAAAGUCCAAGAUCUUAAAUGAUCAAUUCUCAAAAACCUAUUUCAUCUAGAAACUCGAUAGACUCCUAGAAUUUGAAUAAUGAUUAAAAAUUUAUUUAAAUGCUACUAAAAAGAGACGAAAAGAUUCAAGAUAAAUGGUAUUACUGUUUAUUUGUCUUUCUCAGAUUCAUGCUAGUCCAGUUACUUAAUCCUAUUUUAAUUAUAUAUAUUUUUCUCUCAAAAUAAAGAUCUAAAUUAAAUAUCAAUAGGACAAAACAAUCAUUCUAUCUUUUGUUUAUAUUAAAAUUUUACUUUAUUGUCUCUUCUAUCUUUCUUUGGAUGGCUUUGGUAAAUUACAUUUAUAUAAAAUGCUCCCUUAAUAUGAACAAUAGUGACUACAAAAUAUUAGACAGUGAAUAUAAUAAAGUUUUAAUGUACUACACUGUAGCUGGUAUAGGCUUCAGUAUCUUAAAUACAACUCUCUUCAAAAAUAGUUCUUUCUUUUUUAGAAUUUACAAAUCUCUCUAAUCAUAAACUUCUACUAAUAUUCCAAAAUGUAUGAAAGAUCUUUUUAUUUCUGAGUCUGAAUUUGUCUUUUAAUUCUUUAUACAUCCUUAAGAAGAUGAAGCAAAAAUUAAGGAAAGAGAUAGAGUUAAAAAAGUAUUCAACACUGAUAAAAGCUCGCCAUUUUUUUAAAUAACCAGAUACCAAUAAUUCUAUUCUGGCUUAGAUUUUUGUUAGAAAAUUGUUCGUUAUUCUGAAAAAUUGAAUGUAGAAAAUAAAUAGUAAAGUUUAAGAUAAUUUAUUAUUAGUUUAAUAGCCUAUUUAAAAGCUUUUAUUCCAGGAAUAUAUAGAUAAAUCACAGAAGGGCAUUUUGAAAUUUAUAAUACUUAUUUUACUGUAAUACCAUAUUUAUGUAUUGGCAAUAUUGUAGGUUACUUUGCUAGAAGUGUUAAUUCCCUGUAGGAUCUUAAUUUUAUAUAUGAUUAUAACAGAGCUUUGUGUGCUUUAAUAUCUUAUGAGCCUUAUCUUAAAUUGAAAUCAAAGUAUAAAAUAAACACACCUUGCAUCAAUCCAGUGGAUGCUAGAAGUAUAAAAACCUGGAGCUAAAUGAGAAGGUUAAUGAAUGAACUGAAAAAAAAAGAAACUAUCCCAAUAGAUUAAUGCACUCUUUUUUUAUUUGCUUAUUUAAUUAUAGUUUUUCUAUCAGUUUUCUUAGACAAAUUUUAUCACCUUGCCUUUUUUUUUUCUAUUAGCUCUGAUAAAUACUUAGUUUUAUAUUAUACAGUUGAUGUAAUUCUCAUAUUUGUUUUAUUCUGCUCGAGAGUCUAUAAACAAACAUAAAUAAAUGAACUUUAUAAAGAAUAAUACAAACUCUUACAAAAUAUGAAAAACAUCUUGAUGAAAUUUUUCACUUUUAGAGAAUAUUUUUGUGAGAGAGAUGACAUUACUUUAUUAGAUAAAGAUAUUUAAUGGUAGUUCUACAAAGAAAUGAAUAUGAAUUAUUUAUAAACUCUAUAAGUUAGAAAAGUAUUUAAUAAAAAUAAAGACACAUAAAACAAUAAAAAUGUAGAUAUUGCUGAUCAAUUUGAUUCAUCUCCUAUUUCAUAAUAAGAUUAAUAAUAUGAUUUUGAGUACUAGCAAAAAUUUUUCAAUUUAAUUGAAUUUAUUUAAGAUGAAAUAAGCAUGGAUAUCCUACAAACUCCAAUGAAAUUUAUGGGGUUAGUUCCUAGCUCAUAUGGUCUAUUAUCAGCCUUCUUUUCGAUUGCUGCCAUAAUUUUGUAUUUAGCAUUUUAUUUAUUUUUCUAUAAGUGA